AAGAGAAGAGAAUAGUCCCCUACUUUCCUUCCACGUCCUGCUUGCUCUCCACGCCGACCCAAACACCCGCCUCUCCUCGCCGCCGCCCCCAUCGCCGUCGGCUCCCGGGCCGCUCCACCCUUCCGCCAUGUCCUCCGCCUCCGCCAGCGCGUGGCGGCGCUCCCUCCGCGGCGCACUCCUGCGCGGCUCCCCCUGGCGCGCCGGCGCCGGCGCCGGCCCCUCCCGGCAGGCCAGCACGGCUUCCGCAGCUUCGUCGGGCGCGCCGGCGGCACCCGCGGCUAAUCCUAAUAAGGUGCCCCCGCCUCCCCGCAAGGGUAGGCUUUUGACUGGGGCCAUGAUAGGGCUGACUAUUGCUGGAGGUGCUUACGUGAGUACUACCGACGAGGCCACACUUUGUGGCUGGAUAUUCAGAUCAACAGAACUGGUGAAUCCACUUUUUGCACUGCUGGAUGCAGAGUUUGCUCAUCGUUUGGCUGUUACUGCUGCUGCUCAUGGAUUUGUUCCAAAAGAAAAGAGACCUGAUCCACCAGUUCUUGGCCUAGAGGUCUGGGGCAGGAACUUUACAAAUCCAAUUGGUCUUGCUGCUGGUUUCGAUAAAAAUGCCGAGGCCGUUGAGGGUCUAUUGGGUCUUGGAUUUGGCUUUGUGGAAGUUGGCUCUGUGACACCACAGCCUCAAGAGGGAAAUCCCAAGCCUCGGAUAUUCAGAUUGAAAGAGUAUGGUGCUGUAAUCAAUCGCUGCGGGUUCAACAGUGAAGGAAUUGUAGUAGUCGCUAAGCGUCUUGGGGCACAACAUGGUAAGCGGAAGAUGGAGGAAACUUCGAGCUAUCCUUCAUCAAACAGUAAUGUAAAGCAGGGAGGGAAAGCAGGACCUGGAAUUCUGGGUGUCAAUCUUGGCAAGAAUAAGACUAGUGAAGAUGCUGCUGCUGACUAUGUUCAAGGAGUUCAUUCGUUGUCGCAGUAUGCUGAUUACCUGGUCAUUAAUAUCUCCUCCCCAAAUACUCCAGGCCUGCGGGCCUUGCAAGGUAGAAAGCAACUGAGGGAACUUGUGAAGAAGGUGCAUGAUGCACGGGAUGAGAUGCAGUGGGCUGAAGAUGGUCCACCACCAUUGCUUGUGAAGAUUGCACCGGACUUGUCGAAGGAGGACCUUGAGGACAUUGCUGCGGUUGCUCUUUCUUCUAAGUUGGAUGGCCUGAUUAUAUCGAACACAACAAUUGCAAGGCCACCUCCUGCAGAAGCACAUCCACUAGCUCAAGAAGCCGGUGGAUUAAGCGGGAAGCCUCUAUUUGACUCAUCUACUCGCGUCCUCAAGGAGAUGUAUAUCCUUACAGGGGGCACUGUUCCCCUCAUAGGCUGUGGUGGUGUAACUAGCGGUGAGGAUGCGUACAAGAAGAUACGUUCUGGAGCUACACUUGUUCAACUUUACACUGCUCUUGCCUAUGGUGGUCCAGCUCUCAUCCCAAGAAUAAAGGCUGAGUUAGCAGAAUGUCUGGAAAGAGACGGUUUCAAAUCAGUCCAACAAGCAGUUGGAGCAGAUUGCAAGUCCAAGAAGGCCUGAACAACCACCAACGCCAUUUGAUUUUCCUCAAGAUGCUAGCAAAGUUUUCCAUGACCCAUGCUUGUCCUACUUAUUCGGAUGGUACUUGAAAAGAGAAACCAAGUCUGAAACUAUUUUGAGGGUGUGGUACUAAUUAUAUAUUUAGCCUGUAGUAAGGAGUGGUCGAAUCACGUGCGCCCGUAUCCCAUCUCUCUUGUUUUGCUUCUAAGCGAAGCUGUACAAGAAAUUUUUGGUUAACUUAUGUGUAUAUCUCCAGGCUUCGGUGAAAACAACGGUUCGAGAAUUCUAUGGUAUCCUGAAGCUGCAUUUUGCA